GUAAACUGACAUUACACAAUAAAAUUCAACAUGGCUGUCUACCACGGAUGGGUUUCUUCGCGGCUAUUUUUUCUCAAUUUCUGUUUAAUCUAGCUGUUAUCGUUUAUGGAAAUACAUUGUCUUAUUUUAAAUAAUGUAAGUCAAUGUGCUUAAUAUAGAUUUCUGCGUAUUCUGAAGAUGCCAGUUAAUUCGCUGUCGGAAACAAAACAGGGAGUUCAAAAAGCUAAAUUUUCACUAUCACUUAAUAGAAAUAAUGCAAAAGAAUUAAACAACGAAAAUAAGAAAGCUGCUAAUUCAAAACAGACCUCUUCCCAAGAGUGUUUCGAAAAUAAAGAAAAUAAACCUUCGAAGAGGCCAUUAAAUAGCACUUACUUUAAUACAUUGAAUGCAGCCAAGAGAUUAAAACCUCUGACAGAAGCAGAGAAACAUACAGAAGGGUCAACCAAGUCCCAGCUGAUUGUGCUUGAGCCGUCUCCAAGUAGCACUGCCAUGUUGAAUGGCCACCACCCAUCAGAUAACCAAUAUGGAGGGAGUACACAAUGGAAGACCCCCAUUGCCACUCUCUCCAAUCUUGGAAAUACUUGUUUUUUAAAUAGUGUGCUUUAUACUUUAAGAUAUGCUCCACAAUUCGUCCACAACCUUCAUCAUCUGGUAUCUGAUCUUAGUAGAGUUGAGCAGAAACUUGGUAGUAUCAGAUUAAAAAGCUCUUCCCUGGGUCGCAGUGCAGCAGGACUUGCUUCAUCUGGAACAAGAUCUUGGAGCAGCAAGGAUUUACUAUCUUUAGGACAAUCUGAUAGUAGUGCUGGAAAGAGUAAAAUACAGAUAGCAACAGAGAAACUUCACGAAACGUAUUUGAGCUUGCGAGCAGCGGAAAGUAAAUGUCUAAACAGUAGUGCAGCUGAUGCAAACCCUGAACCUUACGCCGCGGAUGCCUUUCUUGCGGCACUGAGAGAAGUCAACUCAACUUUUGAAGGUAACAGACAACAAGAUGCGCAUGAGCUACUGGUGUGUAUCCUGGACAGUAUCCGCGAAACGUGUCGCGCGCUCAGUCAAAGAGCUUCACGUCUACCUUUACAGGAGAACGGAGACAGUAAUGGCGUAGGUCGCCAGCCAUGUCUGGAUGGUGAUGGCGGAAAGACAUUAGGAAACUUACGCAAAUCCUGGAAGAAACGCAAAGAAGUUAAAACGAAUGAUAAGCGUAAUUCGCCUUUAGAAGAGCGACCACCUUCACCUGACCCAGAAAAAGAUGAAAGAUCACGACCGGGAUGGGAUUUUGUGGCAGAUGAUUUUGAAGGUACGAUGGUAGUAAGGACGAUGUGUCUCGAAUGUGAAGCUGUUACGGAGAAAGCGCAAGCGGUGUGCGAGCUGUGCGUGCCCGUCGGCGACGACGACGCUCCCGACGAGCCCUUCCGUGCCGCUUGCCUCUCCAGCGAAUAUUUACGGGAUCAAAACAAGUAUUGGUGUGAGCGUUGUCUACGUUACAACGAGGCGAGACGAAGUGUAGCAUACUCGCGACUGCCCAGGCUAUUAGUACUCCAACUGAAGCGGUUCAGCGGCGGCAUGGAGAAAAUCACUAGACACGCACCCACUCCACUACUUAUGCCUUGCUUUUGUGAGCCCUGUGCUAAACGGCCACCGGAACACCCACCUACGCAUAGAUACAUUCUUUGGGCAGUAAUAAUGCACCUCGGCCAGACUCUUACCGGCGGUCACUACGUGGCGUACGCUCGCGACAGUUCGCACGGAGACAGCAAAUGCGAACGCGAGGGCGGCGGUGACGCGACGAACACCAACAGCGGCUCGAGUUUCAUGCGCACGCUGUUCAACCGCCAGCGGCCGCCUCCCGCUGGCUGCACCGCCAACGAGUGCUGCGUGCCGCGCCCGAGGCCCGAGGCCUGCUGGCUCGCCUGCGACGACGACCUCGUCAAGCCCAUAUCCAAUGAAGAGUUCGAGGACCUUCUCUCUGCGGAGCCUAAGAUGAGAUCCGCCGCUACGCCUUACCUCCUGUUUUACGUCAAAAGUGAAGUUGGCUAG